GCUGUGCUUCCGCAUCAAUAAGUCGGCCUGUUGUAACGUCGUACAUAUUUCAGUAUCAUCUCAUCUCGUUGCCUGGUCGAGCGAGCCAUUCGCGAAGAAGCAUCAUCGCGUGAGAUUUCGAGUUGUAACUCUAUCAUGACCGAUAAUUUCAAAACAGUCCAUCCUUUUCCUGUUCAAAUAAAGAAGUCAGUAUUCCUGUAUUGGUAAGUUCACUGUUCUAUCCGGAGCUUUGUGUCCCAACUCAACCCGUGGCGAUCGCACUGAUAUGAACGUCCUGUUUUGUCAAGUCCAUUGCUUGUCCCGCCCCUGUUCACCCAUCUCUCUCUAUGCACCAACCGUCUUUGUCGGGCACAUGCGAUACUACCUAAGUCGCCUCUUCCCAACAUGCGAAUCGAAACUCACUUUUGACACGUAAAGCAUGCUACGAGAAUCCUACGGACUGAAAAUCUUUCCCUCAGCACAAAAGUUCAAGUACUACAACCCUAGCCAUAAGAAAACAAAGAAAGAGAAGGAGAAAGAGAAAAGGCAUUGAUGUUCCCCAGGAACGUGCUAUUUCACUGAAGAAUGAAUGCUCUCCUUUAAAUUGGAUCGAAGCAACCGGCUGUGCAGAGUCUCUGGAAGAAGCAGAAGCAUGGGACUCCAGGGUGGGAAUAGCCUGCUCAUCAUCUUCAUCCUCUUCUUCACCUGCAUUUGCACCCCCACCACGUCUUCGCAGUUGAUGUCAUCCCGACAUGAUGAACAAGCCCCGUGUAAGACGGUGAACUGCGGGAUGGGGACAUGCCAGGAGACGCUGGGCUUGCCGCCCGGGUACGUGUGCAACUGUAACUCCGGGUGGACCAAGCUCCCGUUGCUCUGGCCUUCCUGCAUCAUACCUAACUGCACCAUCAAUUACCAAUGCGGCGGCGAACCUCCGUUGCCUCCGCCCCCGCCUCCACCGCUGAUCCCGCCGCCAAUUGAUGUAUCCCUCCCUUGCUUGCUUGUGUGGUGUGGAGAUGGGGUGUGUGUGGCUAGCGGGACUAGUCACGAGUGCCAAUGCAACCAGGGCUCGGUCAAUUUGGGGGGUUUGCAAACCUUACCUUGCUUCCAAAAAUGCAAUUUGGGAGCAGACUGCACUAAUGUUGAGCUCGGCACACCAGCCGCGCCGCCCCCUCCGCCGCCUCUGAAAUCUUCCGCCUCGCCUGGAAAUGGUAAUUCAUCACCGCCAUCUCCUUCAGCCCCACCUCGAAAUGGACUGGCAAACGCGCCGAAUUGUUCGAAGAGCUAUCGGGCACUGUCGUGGACAAUUCUUGCACUAAUAGUCCUCGUGUGGAUUUAGCAUUAGCAAUGUGAUAGAAUGCAUAUGAAUUAGUCAUGCAAUAAUGUCAAUGCUAAUCAUAAGGAAGAUCAUAUAGGGGGAGUUUAUUAUGCUACCACAGCUCUUUUUUCUUGAAAUAAAGUUGCCUCGCUUCUUUAACAUUUGAUAUUACACUAUAUAAAGGAUAUAUAAGUAUUCUUCA